AUGGCUGCGGUGUGGCAACCGGCUAUGGGUGUUACAAUGCGACAACUGCAACCGCAAAGGUUCCUGAUACGGUUCUACCACGAGACGGACCUCAACCGCAUCCUUGCUGAUGGGCCUUGGACAUACGAGCAAAACCUCUUGAUCCUGCACAAGCUUCACCCUGGUGAGGAUCCAGAGGUCGUCCCCCUUAACCAGGCGGACUUCUGGGUUCAAAUCCACUCCUUACCAGCGGGGCUCCGUUCUGAAGUUGUGGUCUCCGCCAUCGGAUCCUUCUUAGGAACGCUAGUCCAGGCAGAUGAAAAGAACUUCGGUGGCUCGAUGCGCACGUUCUACCGGGUACGAGUAACCGUUGAUGUAACAAGGCCCCUGAGGAAGCAGAUGAAGCUUCGGAAGGGAGAUGGUCAGUGGGCUGUGGUGGACUUUCGCUAUGAGUGCCUACCGACUUUCUGCUUUAUAUGUGGUGUCAUUGGACAUGGCGACAAGGUCUGUCCUAAGAUCGCACAAGGGGUCGACCCGAGAGUGAACAAACCUUACGGGGCCUGGCUAAGGGCGGGAACAAGGAAGAAUGUGCCUACUGUAGGCCAAAGGUGGUUGGCCCCAGAGUUGGAUGACGAGCGCAAGGAGUGGAAGCCGCCGGGCUGGUGCGACGAUGUCGCUACCACGUCGGCCAAAGCAUCGGGCAGCGGUGGCACAGAUGUCGUGCUUGUCGAUCCGAAGCGUAAGAGGGUCGAUAUGGAAGGAAUGGAAUAUGAGACGGAGGAUCCAAUGGACAAUCAAACGGCGGGACUUGCGGCGCAAGCCCGCCGAGCAUUAUGA